GUGUUUUCCCUCAGCUGGACGGUUUCAGCGAGCCAGCGUCGCUUUCCUGAAGUUUUAAAGCCUUAAACUGUUUCUGCCAAAAUGAACCGAUUAUUUGGCAGGUCUAAACCCAAAGGUCCGCCGCCGAACCUGACGGACUGCAUAGGAAGCGUUGAUGGUCGGGCAGAGUCUGUUGAUAAGAAGAUUGCCCGACUAGAUGCUGAACUCGUAAAAUACAAGGACCAGAUGAAAAGGAUGAGAGAUGGGCCCUCAAAGAACAUGGUCAAGCAAAAGGCUAUGAGAGUUCUGAAGCAGAAAAGAAUGUAUGAGAGUCAGAGGGAUAACCUCAUGCAGCAGUCGUUCAACAUGGAACAAGCAAACUACACAAUCCAGACCCUGAAAGACACUAAAACCACCGUUGACGCCAUGAAAGUCGGCCUCAAAGACAUGAAGAAAGCAUACAAGAAAGUGAACAUUGAUCAGAUUGAGGAUCUUCAAGAUGAUCUUGCUGAUAUGAUGGAGGAUGCCAAUGACAUCCAGGAGGCGCUGGGCAGAAGCUAUGGCACGCCUGACAUUGAUGAAGCUGACUUGGAAGCCG